AACGAGGAAAUCGAAACUUAAUUGUAUCAAGAGUGAGCUGAAUAGAAAAAGAGCACAGAUAUACGCAGGACUGCAGGAGAGACAAGGCUGGAAUGGGGCAUAAACAAGUAUUGUUGGAUUGAACACAGUUGUAUGUAAUCUAAGAUCAAAUUUAGACGGUUAAAUCAUUCAAGAUGGAAAGUAAGAAUUAUGUCGCAAGACUCAACGAGUACGCACACAAAAAAAGAUUUAGUCUGAAAUACAGGGAGUCUCCAUCUGAUGGCCCAGACCACUGCAAAACAUUCACCCAGAGUGUAGUCCUGAAUGGUAAAGACUAUCCUGAAGGUGUGGGGAAGACGAAAAAGGAAGCCAAGCAAGAUGCUGCUAAAAAUGCCCUGAGAGACUUGUCAGAGGGCACAAAUCAGACUGCAGAUGAUAAUUACAACCCUACAUCAGCUCAACAAAAAAAGGAACUAAUCCAAAAGGAUUCUGAUAUCUGUAAUAAGACAAGAAGCCUCAGUGUCAACUCUCAGGACAACAGCUCUGAACAGAAUUUCAUUGGAUUAAUUAACCACUACUGUCAGACAAAAAACCGCUGCCAUUCAUUCGUUGAAGUGAAGAGAGACGGUCCAGCUCAUAUUCCUCAGUGA